AUGGCAUCAACUUCUUCAGCACCGCUACUGGGUUCCCAUAUGUCCAUCCCAGAUGAUGAUAUGGAGUGUUUCGCCAGCAUACAUCCAGAGGGUCAUGUGAUCGCAAUGGCUGAUUCCCCGCAUGCCACGCUUACAACCCACGUGAGUGAUAGGAGUACAGAUUGUUUAUCGGUGGAACCGAAAUAUCAGCAACAGUGGCGGCGACAGCAGCAACAACACGAAGAUCGAGAAGCUGGUCUUGUUUCACCAGAAACCCAAAAAUAUCGAACUUUAGGUCACCGAACGUUCGACAUCAACACCAGGUCUCAUCGAUCUUCCUUGCAUGAGCAAUCAUUUCCAGAGAACAAUGCGAUCAGCUCAAUAUCAAACCGGGAAUCCAGCAUGAAACAAAUCAAGUCUGAAUUGCAGCAUGAAAAAGACCCAGAAAAGAUUGUCUCUCUCGUGAAGGAUUCUUCUAAAGCAUCUGAAAAUGACGCAACAAGUAAUCAACUGGAGUUCAGAUCGCAUGCACCAUUAUUUCCUCAAGAGCACCCAUGUCAAUUGGUUACUAUGUGGAUAGAACCAAUGGCAGAGUAUGCGGUGAGUGAACAACAUGUGGCCUGUUGUUCCACAUGCCAACUGAGUGAAUCGAAAGUAAGUGAUUUUGUGCUCCCCUACGGAAUGCGUUGUUCUCUCAUGACGAUCAGACCGUCGAUGACAUUGACUUUCACCGAUUCAUCAUCACGUUCUGUCCAGUCAUUUGCGAUCAAAUUCGAUUCGGACCAGAAGACGCCUGCGAUUGUGUUCAUCCGGAAUGAUUUGAACGAUCAAUCUGUCUGGAGUGAAACGGAAUCCGGGGGCAGAGAGGGAAUUUCACGAGGUUUGAAAGACUGUAUCAAAAUUCACGACACUUCACGAAAAACAAACGAAUCGAUUAGCCAUACAAAUGACUCCAUACCACUAUUGAUGGACAAUUCUGUGAGAUCGAAGGAAAUCACACCGGGUGAUCCGGAUUCGGUAGCAACCAAACCGGAUUCAGCCUGUCUUCGGAGAUCCGAAACAAGCAAGAAAAAUCAAGAGGACCUCAUUCCGAUCGAGUAUAGUUACAGUUCGAUUGAUUUGAUAUCUGAACCGGAAUCGUGUACUCCUAUUGUCACACAGCCAGACCAGAAACAGAUGUCUGGACAAAUAAUUGAAAUCAGUGCACCACAAAAUUCCGAUGGCAUUUUAACAACGGUCGCUACCGUACUGGCCGAACGUGUGCCAAGCUUGUACGAUUCGAUUCCGGAACAGUUACAGUCGGUACGGGAGCACAAAGAUCCCACUUUGUAUGCAACCGGUUCAACUACAGUUUCCAUAGAAGAGCCGAAAAUACCAAAUACUCAUUCGGAUAGAACGUCCCGAGAAUCGCGAUUGAAGGCCAAAUUAUCACAUGACAUUCCGUCAGAAACAUCGAGUUCUGCUGGUCUCAGUUUCCUGGACAAUAAACCGGAGCAACUUCUCUCUACUCUGAUGAACCAAACGGAUCCGAUAAAACCGGAGAAUUUUACUAUUAAACUAAACAGUUUUAAUGAUACUGCCACCGCUGCUGGUGCCGAUAGUGGUGGUGGUGGAUCAGUAGUACUACCAGGAUCUUCAUCUGUACCCACAUCAGUUACGGAAACCGAUUUGUCCGUAACACUGCCAGAUACUUCUUCACAACCCUAUUCCACCGGUAGUUUGCCUCAUUGUACCAAAUUGACUUGUCCAUUCCGAAUCCGAACAUCGGAUCAUCGUGGCACACUAUCCCAUGUCCAAAUCGGUUCCCAGUGUGAUUGUUCAACAGCGGUCGAUCAGAGAGGAACAACAACUUCAGUGGGGUGGAUGACGGACGAACAUCAACAAUCGGGUGCGCCGACAAUCGGGGUCCCGUGUUUUGUGAUUAUGGAUGCUUUGCCAGAACGAGCUGAUGUAAUACCGAAUCCGGAAUAUGAGGUUGCUCGUAUGGAACAGACCGUUACACGAGAUUUAGGUCGCUCAUCAGGUAUUGAAAUCAGUUCACACCUGGCCGAAUCGAGUGGUUCGGUUAUUCUGCGUGGAAUCUACAUCUCACCUUAUUUGUGUGACUGUAUCACUCGGUACGGAAAACCAAUUGUAUCGUCUGAAAUACCACGAAAUAUGUUUUGUAAUCUGAGAAAAACCUACGUUUUACGUGCAGCUCCUCCGAUCUUUCAGGGGAAUGAUCCGAAACUGGAGUAUCCACCGUUGCGUGCACUGCCUAUGGCGGGCGGUCACGGUAUGGCACAACUGGCACAUACCAAACCAAAUCGAAAGUAUAAACUUGAAUCAUUGCCCAAAACGUAUGUGAAUCCUGGGGAUAAAUUUGUGACAAAACAUGCAGAAGUUGCCCUUGCUUCUCCUGCUCCUGUUCCCCCUCAUCAGUAUCCAGAUCACCUAACCACGAUUGCUGGUCCGGCUGGAGCGAGUGGCGGCCUAUCGCCAGCCGAGGCAGGGCAUCGUUCUUCACUGGGCCUGUCGUUUCCUUCGUCCAAAGAAUGCCUGUGUCGCAUAUGUAGUGAACGUUCCGUCUACAACAACAAAAACACCGAUCCGACCACAUGCACGUGUAGUAUUAGUGGUAGUCGAUCGGCAACCGUAUUUGGUUUCAUUAAGGCAGAUCGUCCCGUGAGCCAUCUUCAUUAUCAUCAUCAUCCAAAAAUAUGUUUUCGCGGUACGGCACCCUCGGAGGAGCAUAGACGAUUGAUAGGAUCACCACCCUAUGUGACUCUCUCCGGUCCUUGUCAAAACUUGACCAAAUGUGUUACAGCUCCCCGAUCCUGUCACUGCACAUGUCAACCAAUGAAUUCGGAUUCGUGUGACUAUUGUCACUGUGAUACACAUGCCACAACAACAACAAACCAACAUCAUAUACGUCCUGUUUGCUGGAAAAUAUAUCAUGAUGGAACUGGUUCAAGUACCAGACGAACCGUGAACAGUUGUCCCGUAAGUCGUUCCGUGGAACACGUGGCUCUAUUAUCAUACGCGGACAAACACGAUCCGAUCUAA